AAAUACACAUGCAUGAAUUUAACGCUGCAUGGUCAUAAUUAAUCUGUGCAGUUAGGUGGCAUCCAAAACAUCGGAUAAAUGUUGUGACGUUUCUUCUUUUCUUUUUUCGGCAGAGCUAAUAAGAAGAUUAUAUUUUCUUUGGGAAGGAGAUUAUUCGUACACAAUAUAUAAUUAUUCCGUUGAACAAUUCAACAUUCUGUGGAGUGCAGUGAUUAUAGAAAAACGAUGCAAUUUAACUUAGUGAUAUUAUCUGCAUCCUAUACAUAAUGAAUGGUGUUGUGAUAAUUGGAGUGUAAGAAUUACAUAUCAAUAUGUCUGAAUUACACAGUGAUAGAAGAGAAAAUAAUGGGGCGGAUCAAAGAAUAGAGUCAGGGUCGGUGGACACGCCCCGCGCCCGGGCUAGAUCAGUGAUGACCACCAAGCUGUAUGGAGGACGGCCAUCUAGUGCUUUUUCUAACAGAGUGACCAGUGCCAGGAAAAAGAAAGACGUCUUGGUUCUCAGUCAUCAGAGCCUUAUGACGUUUGCUUCUUUCGUGAACCAACAGUUGAUAGAGCAAAUCGCCGUCAAACUAGGAGUCCAUAGAUCCACCAUCAAUAAAAUAAAGACAAAUGUGAUUGAUGAAGUGAGCAAACUAAAUGAACCAAUCGUCUUGCAGAAUUUCAAGAUGUUGUGGUCCUGGCGCGGUCCGAAGUCAACCUCCAGAAUGGUAGAGCAAUUGUUGAACGUUUUACGCGGAAUAAACCGGUGGGAACUUGCUGCGGUUGUAAGCACUGCACAUAAAGAACAAAGAAGAAUGCGCAUGACCGAUUUUAUGUGAUUUCCGGUUCCGAUUGGAACGCUAGCUUGAAGAAUAUGAAAGAAGAAAAAUGCGCAUUACCGAUUUUAUGUAAUUUGUAAUUUCCGAAUCCUAUUGGAAUGCUUAAUUUAAUAUAUGAGGAACAUAUUUCUGUCGCAGUUUCAUGAACUAUGGAAGUAAUGGGAAAAGUGUGCAUAAUUUUUACUAAUGCGCAUGAAAUAACAUUAAUUAACACCAACAUGUUAAUGAUUGAACUUAUGUAAUUAUCAAAAGCGACUCUGUGACCUAUUUUUAUUGUUUUUCAUUGUUCAUAUAUAUAUGUUGUAAAAUUUGUUUAAAAUAAUGACGAAGAAUUACUGUAUAUUGCAAGGGAAAUAAUUUUUCAUACAAGUAUAAUUAUAGUAAACGGUUCCUUGUAAUCAAGCUUUAUUAAAUAUCGGGCAGUGUAUACAUGUACAGUUAUGCUUUAAACGUGUUAACUUGUACUGUUUAUGCGUUUUCAAUUCAUGGUAGUUUUUUAAUCAUAACGAUUGAAACAUACAGCUGCAUAAGUUUCAUUCAAAAUUCUUUGCAUGCAAAUAAAACAUAUUUUUUAAAACACUUUGUAAGUUGGUUUUUUUAAAGAUGUUAAACAAAUAAGAAACCCGCAGUUUUUUUUAAUUGUAGUUUUAUAUAAUAAUUGUUUGGCAUUUUGAUAUUUAUAUUCUUACGCUAAAUGUAUUUUGACAUACAGCUGCAUUAGUUUCAUUCGAAAUUCUUUACAUGCAAAUAAAACAUACAAUGUAUUUUUUAAAAUA